GGGAGGUCUCGGCUUUGCUGCGAUUCUUAUGUCCCAUGUGUAGUCGACAGUGUGGAUUAAGCUACUCUCAGAUCAUCAUAGGCUGAUCGCCUUCUCUUCAGGCUUCAACAGGAGAAUGUCAGUGCUAAAGGAAUAUUGGAGCCCUGGGCCACUGAUGACCAUCACCAUCUGUUGUUGGGGACUGCUUUUGUAAGACAGAUUUCUUGCCUUGGGAUGCCUACUGGUGUUUAUGGCUCCGCUAAAGAAAAACAGUUGCAUUCACACCAAGUUUUUCCUGAAGGCAUUCCCUGUGCAUCUAUUACAGUAAGAUCCAAGUGAACGUUUCAGCUUCAGAAGCUUAGAUUACUCUGACAAAGAUGGAUCUUGAAAAAACUAUUGAAUAUGGAACACAUCUUCAGGAUGCAAUGGCACAGCAAGAUGUCCCAGUUCAGGUUCUUUACACAAUUGGAAGCUUCAUACUGAUAAUCGGUUCUGUGGGAAUUAUAGGAAACCUGUUAGUCCUCUAUGCAUUUUACAGCAACAAGAAGCUGAGAACGGCACCCAACUACUUUAUAAUAAACUUAGCAAUCAGUGAUUUUUUAAUGUCAGCAACACAGGCACCAGUUUGCUUCCUUAACAGCUUGCACAAGGAGUGGAUACUUGGAGAUAUAGGCUGUAAUGUGUAUGCAUUUUGUGGGGCAUUGUUUGGCAUAACCUCUAUGAUGACUUUAUUGGCUAUAUCAGUCAAUCGAUAUAUAGUUAUCACAAAACCUCUACAAUCCAUUCAAUGGUCUUCCAAAAAAAGAACGUCACAGGUUAUUGUCCUUGUCUGGAUGUAUUCAUUGAUGUGGAGCUCGGCACCAUUACUUGGUUGGAGUUCCUAUGUGCCAGAGGGCUUAAAGAUAUCUUGUACAUGGGACUAUGUGACAUCUACAGCGUCAAACAAAAGUUACACAAUGAUGCUGUGCUGCUGCGUCUUCUUCAUUCCCCUUAUUGUAAUAUCACAUUGUUACUUCUUCAUGUUUCUGGCUAUUCGAAGUACCGGCAGGAAUGUACAGAAACUUGGAUCAUAUGGUCGCCAAUCUUUUUUGUCUCCAUCCAUGAAGAAUGAAUGGAAAAUGGCAAAAAUUGCUUUUGUAAUUAUCAUUGUAUAUGUACUGUCCUGGUCUCCUUACGCUUGUGUCACACUGAUUGCUUGGGCUGGGCAUGGUAAAUCUUUAACUCCCUAUUCCAAGACAGUCCCAGCAGUCAUUGCCAAAGCAUCUGCGAUCUACAAUCCAAUUAUCUAUGGAAUAAUACACCCAAAAUACAGGGAAACCAUACACAAGAAUGUGCCAUGUCUCCGUUUUCUAAUCAGGGAGCCAAAAAAAGAUUCCUUUGAGUCUUCAGUAAGAGGCUCCAUUUACAGUCGACAAUCAUUAGCCUUAAGAAAGAAAAAUAGCUGCAUUUCAACUGUAUCCACAGCAGAAACAGUGAGUUCACAUGUUUGGGACAACACGUCUAAUGGACAUUGGGAUAGGAAAUCCCUUUCUCAGACAAUGAGCACUUUGUGUUCUCCCUUAUUGCAGGUACUGACUGACGUGGAACAGAAUUCACUUUGCAGAAGUGUGAGUUUUCAAAGAAGCAACUCAUUUUCAAGCAGUCAAAAACAAGCACAAAAAAGAGAGUUCUUGAAAGCUUGGAGCUGCAAUGCUUUAACCAAAGAAAAGGACUCAAAUUCAACGCAUACAUUGGAACAGCCGUUAACAUGGCCAGAUGAUCCAAGCCCAAAGGAUGUUCUUCUGCCUAGUUCCCUGAAUUCAGUUACCUAUCCCAUUGGCAUGAAGUCCAUAGUUACAGAUGAACUCCCAAAUAUUUCCCAUGUAGGAAAUCAUAGAGUUGAUAAAAGUGGAGGUCUGGACUGGAUUAUUAAUGCUACCAUUCCUCGAAUUGUCAUCAUUCCUACCUUAGAGUGCAACAUCUCUGAAGCCAAAGAAGAACAUGACAAUAGCUCUGAGGAAAAAAGUAAAAGAAUAGAGGAAGAUGAGGAUUUCUUUAGCUUUCAUGUUGACACAAGCCUGUUGGAUCUGGAAGGAUUAAAUUCACCUGCAGACCUAUAUGAAGUAGUUGAAAGAUUCCUUUCCUAAAGGAAGAAGGGAAAAAGAAAAUGUGUUAACUGUUCACAUCUGCUAUACAUAAAGCAUAUGCAAUAGAUAUGGCACACGGUGAUAUAUCUGAAUUAUUUAGUAGUAAUGAAGUCACUUUAAAAUUAUGUUUGCCUUAAAAAUGUACUUUUAGUAUAAGGUAGACUACUCUAUUCAAAGACAGUAGGCUUUCUAUUCUAUGUUUUGUAAUAAUUAAGGUAGUGUUGUACAGCUCUUAAGCUUGGAAUUUAAGGGGGAAAGUUUGCACCAGGUCCAGCAAAUAAUUAGCAGGCAGCAUGUACUGGUAACCUGUUUGAAAACAAUUAUCUAAUUGGUUGCUGAGAAUUACUAGACCAAGUGCAAAAGUGUGCCUUUUAUUACUUUUAUGUGGUUCUAACAAAUAAAAAGUGGAAAGAUGAAUAGAAGAGAGACUGAAUAGAAAGAUUAUUAAUAAUUAAAAAAAAGAAUGAAAACAAUAAAAAUCUAGACUAAUCUAGAAUGAUCUGCUUUCUGGUUGCCUACCAUUGCGGACCAUGAUAACGAGAUGCGCUUAAGGUCAAUGAAACCUAAAUGCAUGCUAAAGCCCCCUUUUAUUAUUUUCAUACAGACAGUUUGAUAGUGCCUUCUAUUGUUUGUCCUGUUUCUCCAACAUAGAGUCCUGUAGUGGGGUAUUUCAAACACAUUAUUAGGUAUACCACGUUGUCUGAUUUGCAGGUAAAUGAACCUUUUAUCUGGUAUUCCUGUUGACGGUGCAGUAUAGGUACCCGGUCUACUGCGUAUAUGAGUGCACAGGUUUCACACCUUUUUUUGCAGGCAGGGAGAUGUGCCAUUUUCUGCAGGGCCUUGUAGAGAGCUACAUACAAUAUUUUCUUUUAAAUUGGGAGGCUGUCUGUAUACUAGAAGUGGAGGUUCUGGAAAUAUAUUGUGCAGCCUCUUGUUAUUAAGGAGUAUUGGUUGCAGUUCCAUUAUGGUUUUGCGUAGGGACUCCAGAUGGGGGUUAUAUGUAACAUCAAGGGGGACACGGUAAUUGUUUUCUGUAUUUGAAGAGGUUUUCUCUGGGUAUGGAAACUGCUCUCUUUAUUUACCUGUCUGUCAUUCCAGGCCUAUAUCCUUGUUGGAUGAAGUCCCUCCAAAGCUCAGACAUCCAUGUAUCCCAAUAAGUUGUGUCUGAGCAAAUGCGGUUAUAUCUUAUUGCUUGGCUAUAAAUCAUGGAUUUCCUUAUAUAUUUGGGGUAGGAACUAUCAUUUCUGAGGAAUGUGCGUCUGUCUGUGGGUUUUCGUUAUAUGGAUGUUACCAAGGUGUUGAUGUAUUGUGGUGUCUAGGAAACUGAUUUCUGUUUUGGAAUAAUUCAGUUCUAAUUUUAUGGUGGGGUGAAAGGAGCCUUAUUCAUGAUGAUUUAUCUCAAAAAAAUAAAAUCAAAUGGAAAUGUAUCCAUAAACUAAUGGGGAAAGUUGAUUGAAAAGUCAGUUAUAUAAUUUAGAGGCUAAACCAUUCAAAUAAUUGCUGAUUUAUAUCCAUUAAUUAAUUUUCAUAUGAAAAUGUUUGAACAUCAUUUGCAUGGAUUUGCAUAGAUAUAUCUGUAUGAUUGUCAAAUAGUCAAGUCAAUUUAUUUUAUUUUAUUGCAAACGACAUAAAAAGAAUUUAAAAAGAAAGACAGUGCUCCUGUUAGCUAAAAAAUGCACCAGCCUGGGUACUCAUGUAGAGCACAAUGUGAUGACCUUAUUCUCUUCUUCCUUCUUCGCAUUGAGUAUGCAUGUAUGGUAGAGUCAAACGCCAAACUUGAAGUACAAAGACAGCUUCUUCACUUUACGGUGCUCACCCAGGGCCAUAGAAGAAGGAAGAAGACCACCACAUGGUGCUAGUAAAAAGUACCUGAGGCUGUUUUUUUUUUAGCAAACAGGAGUACCUGUAUAGGGUAUCAAGUAAACUAUAAUAAUUACUGAGGAAUGCCUAACAUUUGUCACCUCCCAGUCAUUUUGCCUUUCCUUGUCCUUUAAACAUAGUAGGGUGCGCUAACAAAUACUCCGAUUCAUUACAAACCUUGACAUUACUAAGGUUGUAUCACAUUGACAUACAGUUUUAAAUUUUAUAAGGAGCUUAUAAACCUGCCUGUAUAAUUUCGUGGGAGAAAACAAUAGAAUGAGGAAACCCUCACAAUGCUGAGAAGGCUACGAACACAAACUCUUUGCACAAAGCACCAUGGCAGCAAUCAAAUCUAUGACCUCAUUGCUGUAAGGCAACUAUAAGUCUCCUUUGAAUUGCAUGAGCAAGUGAUGGAUAACAGAGACGUACAUUAUAUGAACACAGAAACAAACAAAUGAAAAAGAGAAGACCAGCUGCAUAUUGUCUUUAGAAUAUCAUUUGCCUGCAUCAUGCUAAUAGGUCUCUCUAAGAUAAGCUAAGAUAGGAUCAGAUACAUUUCAUUAUCAUAUUACACUAGUUUUUGUAAUUUACAACCCAUUCUUCAAAUGCCUUGCUAAAUGUAAUGCUAUUUUUCCUGCAACAAAAAGUAUCAUUAUAUUCAUGUGAUUUUAUUUUUAAUAUGCAUGAAGACUCAUUUACUAGUGCAAAAUGCAAAAAAUGCAGUCCUAUAUUUUUAACCAAAGUAAAAAAAAAUUAAAAAGUAGUAUUUUCACUGUAAUAGCUGGUGCUUCCAAAAAAACCCCUACAGUUUUAUCGCGGAUUGCCAUUGGCACUAGAGUGUCCCUGAGAUUAAUUUCCAGAUAUAAAUCUCCUCUUUAGUGGUAAUCACUGGUGUUAAACUCCUCGUGGACCACUGCUCUUUUUUUAUGCACGUUUGAGAUGCAUAUUUGGCUGCAGCUAAAUGCAUCACUUUUUUAGAUGCUCCAUACAUACUGCCUUUAUUUUUAAUGCAUUACAAAGACAGUAGAAUAAAAUGUUGCAUUUUACCCACAAACAGAAUACUGCAUUUUACUGUUAUAAUACAGAUGCAAAAGUAAUUCAAAUAAACUGUUGGUAGAACCUGCAACUGGUUGCUGGACUAGACAAACUCUGUAAAGCUUGUUCCCAUAAGCUGAAAUACUCAGGUUAUCCAUACAAAUUACUUAAAUGGAAUGCUGUCAUUAAAACAAAAAGUCUGCUUUUGUCUGAAAAUAUAUAAAAGCAGUGCUAGUUUUGGAAAUAUCUUUUACAUAUUCCAAAAUAUCUCAUUAUUUUCUGAAAGCUACUCUGACCAAAUCCGCACGGGUUUUUUUUUCCCUUACUUAUCAAUACAUUUUUCCGAAAAAUUUCCUGUGCGGGGAAAAACUAAAAGAUAAAUUGUGAACAAUUCGAAUCAUACAAAAUUUUCAGAUUUUUGCCUGAAAACCACAAAAUCUUUGGAUUAUUGCAGAGAACCCAGUGCAGAUCAGGAUAUCUUAGAGAGUUCUCUAUGGGGCAAAUUUACUAAGGGCCACCGAAAAUCUAAAAAUCGACAGCGUGACGUCAUUUAGGGACUUCGUUGAUUUACUAAUGGGCGCUGGCAUAAAUUCGCUAGCGAAGGAGA